GGCUCCAUCGUCAUCCACCGCCUGGAGCCCACCGACAACGGCACCUUCACCUGCGACGUCAAGAACCCCCCCGACAUCGUGGGCAAGUCCUCCCAGGUCACCCUCUACGUGCUGGAGAAAGUGCCCCCCCGCUACGGCGUCGUGCUGGGCUCGGUGGUGGCCGGGGGGCUGCUCGUGGUGGCCGCGCUGGUGGCCCUGGGCUACGCCACCCGCUCGUGCUGGCUGCGGCGCCAGGCGCUGCUGCAGAGGCGCCUCAGCGCCAUGGAGAAGGGGAAGCUGCAGCGCUCGGGCAAGGACGGCUCCAAGCGCAGCCGGCAGGCCCCGGUGCUCUAUGCCAUGCUGGACCACGGCCGGGCCGCCAAGAAAGCCAAGGGAGCCCCCGGGGAUUCCCGGCGGGAUAAGAAAUAGCGGUGGGAGGGCAGGGAGGGCCCCGCGGCCCCCCCGGCCUCGCCCCGGCCCCCCAAAGUCGUCAUGACCAUCGAGAUGGAGCUGCGGGGGGAAGGGGGGGCCGAGCCCUCCCCGGUGCCCCCCGCCCGCUCGCCCAGCAGGGGCAGCCUGGGGAGCGCCCUCAGACACAUCAUCCACCCCAAUUCGGGGGGGACGUGA